CCAACUGGACGCUGGUGAUGGAGGGCGAGUGGAUGCGGAAAUUUUAUGCCCCAUGGUGUCCAUCCUGCCAGCAGACUGAUUCAGAAUGGGAAGCUUUUGCAAAGAAUGGCGAAACACUUCAGAUCAGUGUGGGGAAAGUAGAUGUCAUUCAAGAGCCGGGUCUAAGUGGCCGCUUCUUUGUCACCACUCUCCCCGCAUUUUUUCAUGCAAAGGAUGGGAUCUUCCGCCGCUACCGUGGCCCAGGAAUCUUUGAAGACUUGCAGAAUUAUAUCUUGGAGAAGAAAUGGCAAUCAGUUGAGCCGUUGACUGGCUGGAAAUCUCCAGCUUCUCUAACUCUGGAAUGGCUGGUCUUUUUAGCAUCUCUGGCAAGAUAUGGCACCUUCACAACUAUUUCACAGUGACCCUUGGAAUUCCUGCUUGGUGUUCUUACGUGUUCUUCAUCGUAGCCACCUUGGUUUUUGGCCUUCUCAUGGGUUUGGUCUUGGUGAUAAUAUCAGAAUGUUUCUAUGUACCACUUCCAAGGCAUUUAUCUGAACGGUCCGAGCAGAAUCUGAGACCUGAGGAGGCUCAUCGGGAUGAGCAGUCGCAGGACGCAGAGGAGGAAAAGGAUGAUUCGAAUGAAGAAGAGAACAAGGACAGCCUUGUAGAUGAUGAAGAAGAAAAAGAAGACCUUGGUGAUGAGGAUGAAGCAGAAGAAGAAGAGGAGGAGGACAGCCCAGCUGUGGGUGUAGAUGAGGAGAGAAGUGAAACCAAUGACCAGGGUCUCCUGAGAGAGGGGACUGUAGCCCAGGGGGAAGGAGUCCCUGGCAAAGCUGAGGAGGACUCCUCUGAGCAGUCCCAUUCAGCUGACACAGAGGUGGUGGAGGACUCAUUGAGGCAGCGCAAAAAUCAGCAUGCUGAUAAGGGACUGUAGGCUUAAUGGCGCUAUUUCCAAGAAUAUAGACUAGAAGAAUAUGUCAUCUUUCCUCUGGUCUGUGGUUUAAACCAAAUCUUUAAUUUUUCCCAAAUGAGCAAGCUUCACUCUUAAAAGAUGAUUUCUAGUCACGUGGUCUAAUGGCAGUAAGCCUCAUGCAUACUAAGGAGAAUCGCUCAGCCUGACAUUGGAACACAGAAAAACAAACGUGGUGUUAAGAUUUGUUUGGGGAUUUAGGAUGGGAACUAGUUCGUUUACCUGAAACUAGAAAAUCUCUACCAGAGGAGACAAUGCUCAGCCGCAUUACACCUUCUAGAAAAAAGGCUACAGGCCCUGCAGAAUGAAAGCAAAGCAGCUUUUACUCCUAAGCAUCUUCAAAAGUAUAGCAGAAGUCUUGCUUCCUUUUUUUUUUUUUUGGUGUAAAGUGUUUAUCUUUCAUCAUACUGUAAGAAAUAUCAAGCACCACAGUGCAUGAACACUUUUUUUUUUUUUAAACAGAGAUUGAGGGGCCCCUGGAUAAAAUUUUAAAGAAAGGCUUGGCAGUCAUCCCAACCCUCAGAAUCUCCUUUGUUAUGUGUUAUUUCUUACCAUUAAGUUUUCCAACUCUUCCACCACGGGCCUGUGGAUUUCUGCUUCCUUCACAUUUCUCUAGUAAGAGGACUCAGGCGGUAGCCAGGUUUAUAUCAAUUGCAUUUAUUUUGACUAAAGGGUUUAGAUAAUCAGUAACCACAGACCAUGAAGCCUUGACUACCAAGCAUUUUUGAUGAAGCAGUGUAACCUUUGGAGAUUCAAAAGGAAGUAUAGGUUUUACAGGACAGAUUUUAAAAAGUUCUUUUUUUUUUUUUUCUAAAAUGUGACUUUGUAGAAAAAAAUGUUUCUUUAGCAAUAUUCUUUUUGAAUUCAGAAUCCUUCCUAUCAGUCUUUCCUGCACAAGGUAUUCUUGUGAAGAACACUUGAAUACUUUGUUUCCAUCUCAAGGGGGCCCUUGAGUCACUUCAGUAAUAUCUGAAAAACCAUUUCUGUUUUUUCUUCAUUGAUGUGCUUUUGGUGAAAGAAUUAAUGAAACUCAGUAUCUGUAAGUGAAAGAUUUGAUUUCAUUUCCAUCUUCCUUAAUCUUCUAAAGAAUUGUAUCUUUGUAAAUCUCUCAAUACUCAAUCUACUCAAAGUACCGAGGGAGUCCAAUUUCCUUAAAAAAUCAUCCAUCUACUUCUUUCUUACCUGAUUUAUAUCCCAGAAUAAAUUCUUAAAAUUGGAUUCCAAGCAUA